AUGAUGUCCUUUCCCUUUGACAAGCUUCGUCUAGAUUUCGUCAUCAUCCUGGCAGGCGAGCAGCGGGUGGAUAUCCUGUGCAAAAGUAUCGCACUCGUAGUAAUCGCAAUCAUGCAUUACAAAUCUCCCUCUUAACCGAAAUCCGCAUUACAAAUUUCAUUUUUCAUGCUGAGGGAAUUUGUCAUGCAAUUUAUACUAGUGCGAUGCUUUUGCAUUGCAUAGUGGAGACCUCCGAUCAAGUCUGUUUCUAUUGGGGGCCCGUGGAGUCGAAACGGCGGGACAUGAACGUCUAUGCAAUACAAAUUUGAUGAAUCUCCCGCACACAGACAAAAUGCAUUUAUUGUACUAAUCUUGCCAACUUGGAGCACGUUACUUGUCAUGCUGAAUAGGAUUGAUGGCGCAUUUUGUCUUGCAGCAACCGCAUUUGAUGUAGUUGAGCGCCUAUGUGGGAAAUUCCAAUUUCCUGUGGAUAACGUCAGUUGCCAGACCACGGUCGCGGAGUUCGACCUGACGGCAGUGUCCUACGCGAAGAUGACGCACGUGUCGCCCGGGACGGGACUGAAGUACGAAGACGUGGCGUGGUCGUUGCACUUUUCGAGGGUGGUCGUCUACUACGUGCACAAGGGGAUGUAUGAGAUAUACACAACUCCCCCUCCCCCUCAUUUGUCAUGCAAAACCCCAAAUCCAGUCGCUGCCCGGUGGCACUGUUUGCAUGACAAAUUCGGGAAGCCCAGACAGUACUACAUCAGGCACAGAAAAAAUUUGGCAUGCAUAGGCUCCACAUGUGCUGGUGUUUGUUGUAUUGCUGUUCAUGCUAUGCGAAUGAGAGGGAGGGGGAGUUGUGCACUCUCAGAAGAUGUUCCCGUUAUCCGCCUGUAUUUUUUUCGGUUACUGUUCCUUCAUCAUCUCGCCGGAAGAACUCGCCGGGAGGCUACAAUAUGCAUUGCAAAUAUGUCUGGGUCUAGAAACUUGUGAUGCUGAACUGUGGAUGACUGAAAUAUUUGCCAAUGCAGCCAAGCAUGACAAGUUUGCAGAACGCUCUCUCAUGCUCAUUCCGCAUGAGAAACUGCGCUUGUGUAUGACCAAAGUGGGCGUCGUUUUUGUUAGUCAUGCAAUACAGAUUUUACAGGAGUGUAGGACUAGCAUCACAAGUUGCACUCUUCCAGGCCCAGACAUUUUUGCAAUGCACAUGCAGCUGCUGGUGGCGAUCUUUCUCACGUGCUUCGCCAUACAGUGGAUUAUCACGGAAAGGUAUUGAUGUUGACGCACAUAGCGAGAAGGAGAUGAGUGUUUACUCAUAGGCAUUAGAAGUGCAAGAAGAACCAUAGAUACCUGCUCUCGUACGUAUGAAGCUUCGCAUGUUACACGUGUUCAUGUUGAUACGGAAAUAAAAUAUAGUAAAACAUUUAUACAUCUUGCUCAGGUUGCCCCGCGUGCCUUACCUGACCAUCCUGGAUCACAUCGUGUUCGCCUCCGUUAUGGCGUUCUCAAACGUUAUAUCCUCAACUGUUACAUGGAUCUGUAAUGCAAGAACGGCAAAAGCGCAAGGGGAGAGAUUUUGCCUGUUGCAUUACAGGUUUGGCACAGAUUUAUAUGCUGUUCAGCCCUUCGGAAAUUUGUCAUCAUGCAAGGCAGCUUGAUGAUGUAGAUCUAGACGAGACUCGAAUAGCUGCGCCCGCUAGGGGUGACAGCGCAUACUUGCGCUAGAAAGGGUAGUAGACCGCCCCUCCCUCCCCCUCCCACAGUUGCGGGGCCCGUGCACCGUGUGUGUUUAUCCUGCACACGUGUCAAGGAUGAGGAUGCGCGGUUCAUGCGCGGGUGGGGACACCCCGUCCACCCUCCCUCGCUCUGUUGCGCAGCAUGCAUCAGGUCGGGCCCUGUUUGGAAGAAGCCGGACGCCUUAGCCUCAAUCCGGAUCGUUGGAAGUAUUUAUUGAGCAGGCGUCUGGAUCUCCGCCGUAGGCUUUGUAUUGCUUAUUGACUCGCCUUGUUCCUAAAUUGCCUGCGCUAGAGCCCCGGGCGUAAAGCAGCGCAGCCGUAGAUCGCUUAAUUCCUUAGACUGCCGGAAGCCGGAAGACGGGCGCAGUAGGCGCGUAGCAAGAUCGCCCAAGAUGAAAGUCUAGGGCUUCGCAUUCACUUGCCCAUACGCAUUCCAUUUUCAAACAGCGACCAUCGCUUUUUUGCCUACUUGAUCUCUUUCGGAUUUGGUCCUCCCGCCUCGCACAUGCAGGCAUCUCGCAGAUCUUUGGUUUUUUCAGUGCGACUUUAUUAUCAUCCUCGUGAGCUCCUAGAUUUUCCUUGUCGCCACCGAUCGCUUUUAUUUUUUUCCUUUAGCCUGUCCUUCUGCCGCUUCGCUAUUUCUAGGCUUUUAAGGAUAUUGAGAUAGCUAGCCGCCACAUAAUGUCGAAAGAGGAGUAUGCCAUAUCGGGCGAGCGCGGCCGAUUCAAUCCGAUUCGUCGGGGUGCCAUUUAUCACCGGCGCACGGGUGCGCAGAGGGAGCACAGGGAGCCGAACGCACUGGGAGUCGCGGCGGAAUAUAUUUGGGCCGGGGAUUCGAAGGCCGCCAGUGGCCACAUUGUUUCGUGGUUUUUCACCUCGCAGCAGCCGAAGCGCCAGAAGGAAAGCUGGGGGCUGGUGGUUGAUUUCGUGGCAGCGGGCGAAGUUUUUUCUGGACGAAGUCGUGGGCAUUUCCGAAGAUUAUACGGACGCCAUUGCCGCAGCAUUUGCCGCGGUGCGGCCAGAUGUCGCGCUGCUUCCGACGUCAUCACUGCACUGGUCAUAGAUGUUGGCAGACCUGGGGGCGACGUGUCCGGCUGGUUUUUUUUUGAAGAAAGUCCUGCCGACAGUUCUCUGUGUGAUGUGUACCUGGAUGAAGUGAUGAGCGGCUUUGAGCAAAGUAGCCGCCGCUGUGUUUCCGGUCGAUCGAAGAUGUUCGCCGUGUUAGGUUAUAACCCGACGGGCCUCGGCCUGCUCCACCGUUUGUGUCCUUCCUUGCGCAGUCUUGUGGGUUUGUGCGAAGAUAUCUUGCUGCCUCGGUGCUCCUUAGUCUCGGUCGAUACAUCUAAGCGGAAAUGUAUGCGGGGGCCCCUGAGCCCCCCCCGCGCCCCCCCCGCCCCGUUUUGUGGCGUUCGCAGUGUUUUUCAGGUCGCUUUCUGGGUUGCAGCGCGUCGCGGCCACCAUUCGAUAUCUUGUUGCGUAGGCGCGUAGUCUCGGUCGAUAUUGUGAAGCGGGCAUGGAUAUAAUACUGCGCCCCAAUCUGUAUGAAAGAAUAGUUUCUGUUUUUAAGAUGAAGACUCACAUGUGGGGGGCCCUCGCCCCCCCCCGCGCCCCCCCCGCCCUUGCGAUAUGAUGAUACUGCGCCCCAAUCUGCAUGAAUAGUUUUUAGCUCUAAGAUGAUAGCUUUAAGACCUAAGAUCAUUACUUUUGAUAUGAAGACGGCCGCCAUUCGAUAUCUUGGUGCCUAGGCGCGUAGUCUCGGUCGAUAUUGUGCAGCGGGCAUGGAUAUGAUACUGCGCCCCAAUCUGUAUGAAAGAAUAGUUUUUGUUUUUAAGAUGAAGACUUACAUGCGGGGGGCCCUGCCCCCCCCCCCGCGCCCCCCCCGCCCUUGCGAUAUGAUGAUACUGCGCCCCAAUCUGCGUGAAUAGUUUUUAGAUUUAAGAUGAUAGCUUUAAGAUCUAAGAUUAUUACUUUUGAGAUGAAGACGGCCGCCGUUCGAUAUCUUGUUGCCUAGGCGCGUAGUCUCGGUCGAUAUUGUGAAGCGGGCAUGGAUAUGAUACUGCGCCCCAGUCUGUAUGAGAGAAUAGUUUUUGUUUUUAAGAUGAAGACUUACAUGUGGGGGGCCCUGGCCCCCCCCCCGCGCCCCCCCCGCCCUUGCGAUAUGAUGACAUUGCGCCCCAAUCUGCAUGAAUAGUUUUUAGAUCUAAGACGAUAGCUUUAAGAUCUAAGAUUAUUACUUUUGAGAUGAAGACUCGCAUCUUGAUGAGUUUAAAAAAAUAGAAAAUUAGACUGUGGGUUUUAGACUAUGGCCUGCGAUCGAGAUUUAUGACUUUCGAGAUGAAGACUCACAUCUUGAUGAAGGCUUGUCGAUUCAAUUAUGAAGAUUGAGACUAUGACUUUGAGAAGAUUAUGACUCUACUUUUAAGAUAGGAUAAGUAAGAUGACGACUUUGAUGAUUCCAAGAUGAGAGAAGAAGCUGCGACUUCUGAGAUGAUUCGACUAUGAUUCAUUUGCGAUUGAGAUUUGAGAUUCGAAUCUUUUGAGUAUGAGACUAUGGCUUGAAGAUAUCUGAACUCAAAUAGUGAAUUGCACUCAAGUUGUGAAUUGAACUCAAGUGGUGCAUUGAACUCAAAUGGUGAACCGAACUCAAAAGAUGCGCUGAACUCUUGAACGUUUUGAAUUUCUCGCAAGUCUUGCAAAGAUCUUGUAGAUAUGAGCAGCAGUUUAAGAUUUGAGAUAAGACUUGAUAAUAAGAUUGGAGAUUCGAAUAAGAUUUGAGACUGGGCUAAGAUUUCAGAUUCAGACUCGAAUAAGAUUGAGACUGGGCUAAGAUUCUGAAAUUGAAUUACUCAAUUUGAAUUAUUCAAGAAUUUGAAUUAUUCAAUUUGAAUUAUUCAAGAAAUUGAAUUAUUCAAUUUGAAUUAUUCAUGAAUUUGAAUUAUUCAAUUUGAAUUAUUCAUGAAAUUGAAUUAUUCAAUUUGAAUUAUUCAUGAAAUUGAAUUAUUCGUGAGUCUUGCGAUGAGAUUGUAGAUAUGACUAUCAAUAUUAUUGAGAGUUUUGCAUGACAAAUUCAUGCACCAGUUGAGAAUGUAACAUUUGAGAACUACGCCAUAUCCGUUGCCCGUCUCCAAAUCACCGCUCUCGGCAUGUGCGUUUCCUACGCGGUCGGCGCCGGAAAAGGUUUCUCCGACACGGCCGACCAGAGCGGCCAGCACUUCGACAUGCGCGCCGCUCGCAUCGUGGACCUCAUUUCCGCUUCCUCGUUGGUGACAAUCCAGCUGGUUUGGGCACUGCAGAUCUACGUGUUGCGGAUUCUGGGCGGCUGGAAGAACGUUCUUGAGCAGAUUUUCCCGCUGUGCUGCGUGCCGGGGUUGUUGAGAGUUGGGAGGGCCAUCUACAUGGCCGUUUUCUUCCUGCCCUUUUGCUUGAAGAUGCUUCUCUGGACGCUGCCAAGACAAGCAGUGAGAUUGUUGUUUUCUUGCAGUUCUUGCGGUGGAAAAAGAAGUAGGAGCGCGUCGAGUACUUCUACGGGUAAAAAACCGGCCGGAAAAAUAAAGGUUGAUCCAAGCGAUAGAGCAGAACAAAACAAGGAUACUAGUGCGACCUCCAAAAGCGAUGAGGAAGAAACGUCCGCACCAGCGCCACCGGAGAAAGAGAAACGGUUGACCAAAUUCGGAACGCGCACGUGGGCCAGCGGGCCGACAAUCAAGCACGAUUUUCUCGUCCCGGAGCCUGGGCAGAGCUUUCACGCGGCGAAAGACAAGACGACCGGAAAAUUCUCCCGAGUGAAAAUUGAACAGAUAAUGGGCGUUCGGGGAACAGCUCUGCAUCACGAAGAUGCGAAGGAUUUUUGAACACGUAGAAAAAAGCGAGCGCAGUCACCUUGCUUGUCGAAUAAGUCGUGCUCCUUUUACUCAGUAAGUGCCAUGAUCGCAGCACCCUGCAGAGCGAUUCACUGUGGCACAGCCUCUUAGCCGUUUCUGGGAGAAGAUUGGCCGCAUCGAAUAAAUCCUGUUGCAAGCACAAAG